AUGAGCGCAACUCCAGCCGGACUGCCCAAGGCAGUCGCUCUCCCCGCCCGUCUUCUCGUUCGGACAUCGCGGCCAUGUCCCAACGUUCGACGACAGUCCCAUGCGCGGUCUUUUCACAGUAGUUGUACGCCUUCCUCCCGACGGGGACUAGAUGGUUCGCGGUCGAAAAAUGAUACCUUUCGGCUAUCCCUGAGGGGAUUCCACACAUCUUCUGCGCUCCAGGCUAUGAAAGACCCUUACAGCGUGCUUGGGGUCGAUAGAAAUGCAUCCGCCGCGGAUAUUAAACGGGCUUACUACGGGAUGGCGAAGAAGUACCACCCUGAUACCAACAAGGAACCCGAUGCCAAGGAGAAAUUUGCCGAGGCGCAGUCUGCAUACGAGUUUCUGUCCGAUCCAAAGAAGAGAGAAGCAUACGACCGCUAUGGUCCCGCAGCAUUCGACCAGAACGGAGGAUUUGACCCGAACGCGGCGGCUGGAGCGGGUGCGGGUGGGAAUCCAUUUGCUGGAGCUGGCGGCUUCCACGGCUUUGGGAGCGGUUUCCCUGGUGGAUUUACGGCCGAUAUCAAUAUUGAGGACUUGUUUGGUGCUUUCACGGGAGGGGCUCGCCGUGCUGGUCGGAGAGGACGCGGUUCGCCGUUCCAGGAGUCCAUUCUGGUCGGGGAGGAUAUCGAAGUGCAGACGAACAUUUCUUUCAUGGAGGCUGCCAAGGGUACGGGAAAGGAUAUUUUCAUCACGCCACUCGUACAAUGCCAUACCUGCCAAGGUGACGGGCUCAAGAAGGGCGCGAAGCGGUCACAAUGCAAACAAUGUAACGGUUCUGGCACUCGCGUCCACUUCAUGCAAGGCGGUUUCCAGAUGGCCAGCACGUGUGACGCCUGCGGUGGCUCAGGUUUGGUCGUUCCCCGAGGUUCCGAGUGUGGUUCCUGCGGCGGAAAUGGUGUCGUGAGAGAUCGGAGGACAGUCCACAUCGACAUUCCCGGAGGCGUUGAGGAUGGAAUGCGCUUGCGGGUUGCCGGAGAGGGAGAUGCGCCUCCGACGGGCACCGCUGCGGCUCCGGGUGUUCGCACACAACGAGGUGACCUUUACGUCUCCAUCCGCGUGGCUCCGGAUCACCGGUUCAGCCGCUCGGGCUCGGACAUUCUCUACACGGCAUCGAUUCCCUUGACCACCGCGCUGCUGGGUGGUGAGGUUACAGUGCCGACUUUGGAGGGCGAAGUCAAGGUGAAGGUGGCCACGGGGACUGGAACGGGAGAUCGGAUCACUCUGUCGGGCAUGGGAAUGAAGAAACUCGGCGGUAAAGGCCGAGGCGCAGGCGACCUCCGUGUCGAAUUCAAGGUUCAGAUGCCCAAAUACCUGACCGCUAACCAGAGAACGAUUCUCGAGGUGCUUGCCGACGAGAUGGGCGACAAGACCGCCAAACGGAUCAUGAACGUUGGCAAGGACAGCUCGACCUCUGGCACCACUUCGUCCGACAGCUCGCACAAGAACGAAGGCUUCCUCAAAUCUGCAUGGCACCGCUUGCUGAACAAAGCCACCGAUGGCUCCAAGGAUUCCGGUUCGACUAAGAAAGACGACGCGAGCGAAGACGAGCCCAAGAAGGCCUCGGGAUCCGGCUGA